AUGCAUCUCAAUACGAAUAUGGGUGUGCAAGCUCCAUUAUACACAUGUAAAGCCAUUAUAUUUCAAGUUGAUCCCGAAACACGAAGAUCUUGGAAUCAAUUAUCAACAGGCGCUGUCAAUGUUCAGAUAUUCUACGACUCGAUUAAAAAUGUUCACCGCAUCAUAUCUGUUGAUGGUUCAAAAAUACUCAUCAAUACAGUUAUAACUAGUCGGAUGAAUUUCAUUAAAACAUCUGAAAAAUUUUGUCAAUGGAUGGAUUCGAAAGCGAAUCAAGUUUAUGGUUUAGGAUUCGCUAAUGAAUUUGAGCUAACACGAUUUAUUAAUAAAUUCACUACAAUUAAGGAAGCAUCAAGAAAUACUGUACGAAGUCACAGUCUCAAUGUUCGACGUAUAUCUCGAUCGGAAACUGAUUGGUCGACUAAAUCUUCUGGAUCGGAUCGAUCGAUGCAUCUAAAACAAGAGAAUGCUCAUCUAAAAUUAGCACUUGUUCAAAGUUCAAAUAAUGCGAAAGUAUGGCAAGAAGAAUUGGAAAUUUUACGUAGUAAUAAUACUAAAUUGACAACAGCAUUACAAGAAAGUCAUGCUAAUGUGGAAGAGUGGAAAAGACAAUUACAAUUUUAUCGUGAAGAAUGUUCACGUUUACGCCAAAUGAUCUGUACUCCUCAUUCAUCUGAUCAUGAACAAGUCAGUGACGCGAAAGAAACGAAAAAUCGCUUGGGUGAUAUCGAAUUCCAUAACAAACAACAAGAACAAAAGAUUUCUCAAUUAGAAAGUCAAAUUCAACGAUAUACAACGCAAAUUAAUUCAUUGAAAGAUCGUUUAUCAAGAAGUGAAACAGUUAAUCAAGAUCUUCGUAGUGAACUACAGCAACGAACAGUAUCCAAUUCUGCCUCGAGUCGUACACCUUCUCGUUCGCCGCAUCGAAAUCUUCAACAAUUAUCACGUCUUCGUGAUCUAUUUGAAACUAAAACCAAUGAUUUCAAUCAAACAAUGUCAGCUCAAUGUCAGGAUCUACAGCGAUUAUGUUCGCAGAUUACUCAAGUGAUCAGUGAAUUCUAA